AUGCUUGGUUUAAGCCGCAGUUUCCGCGCCUUGCAGUCUGCGGUGGCGACUGGCCAGGUCGCGACGCGUGAGUACCUCGAAAGCUUCGAGCCCCGCAGCCUUCGGCGGUUAAAAGUGUUCGACAGCACCCCUCCCGAUGAUAUACGUCGGGUGUACUUUGAGCGCCUGACGGCUAACUACUCGAAUCCGCGCUCUAUUCUGAAUUACAUCGCAGUGGACGAUUACCCCUGUUACUCGUGGCUCGUGCGGUGCCUAUGCCAGUUGGGCAACGCAUUCUCGUUUAAUUCGUUUUGGUCCCCCAAGGACAGGCAGUCGCUGGUCAGCCUGCCGCUGUUCAAAUACCUUAUAUACGACCUGAUUGAGCGUAAGCGCUACCUCCAGCCGCGGCACGCCCCCCGCGUGCUGUUUGCUUUAACGGCGCUCGACUAUCGUUGCUGGCCGCUGAUUUCGGAAAUUCUAAGCUUGGUGGAGCGCAACCUGGACAAUUGGCGGCUGCCUACGCUAGGUUGCAUGAUAUUUUGCUGCGUGUAUCUGGGACUGCACAACACCCCCGUGGGGAGUAUUGCGAGGGUCGGCGGCGGCGCCACAUCUGGCAACAACAUCGUUGACGUGCUCUUCAACGAGGUGCUGCGCCGCGACCCUUCCGACGCCAAGCCGUUCGAUUGGGCGCUGCUUUCGUAUUCGUUGGUGCUGACUAAUCGCUACGAGUGGCCGAGCAACUCCACGUCGGCGCUGCCGGUAUUUCUGGAGCGCGCGUGUGAGCACCUGACCCUGGAAACCCUUCCGCUGAGCGGCUGGACGCAGUACAUUCUGUACUUGACAUUGUACUGCACUGAUGUUGAGCGGCCCAUGAACGAGAUCGCCAUUAAGAGCAGCGUGCCGUUCAUGUUCCAGGAAUCGCUGCACGUGCGAUGGCUGAACGAGAUUCUGGUACAUGCGCAACCACAGGGGUCGGAGCAGCUGCAGAAGGACGUCGACUCCGUUCUGGAGGGCCUUGGCAUCACGGAGGGGCUGAUAAACUGCUCCAUUGGCCGCGAGGACGACGAGCAGCACUGCCUGUUCGCUGGCCACGUGUUCCCCAACCGCCGCCUCUGCUUGGAGUACAACUACAUGAAGGGUCUGCCCAGCGGCGAGCCCGUCGAGGGUGGGCUGAUCUCGUUCCGUCAUCGCAUCUUCCGCAAGUGCGGCUACAGCGUGGCGGUGAUCCACGGCAACCAGUGGGACGGGCUCUCACUGGCGGAGAAAGAAGAGCAGCUGAUGCGUAUUCUGUCAGCAUUCCCUGAGCUGCCUGGCGAGACGUACGAGUCCAAGCCCGAGCCCCUCUCCUUCGAGGAGCACGCCGGCAUCAAGCACAUGAAGCACGUUAGGCCGCAGAUGACGUCGUGGCCGCCUGAAAAGAUAAUGGUGUAG